UGUUUAUUCCACAUUGCCUCUAGAACUUUGGCCUAGAUUUAGACAUCUGGGAACUGAUAACAAGUCUCUGCACAUCUGAAUGUCAAACUGGUGUAGACUUCCGCUACAGCCCACAGUGUAAAUCUUGAGGCCAAAGUCUCUUGUGGUCUCCUCCUCAUUCCUGUCCUGCAGCUGCAUUACUCUCUUGCUUGAUUACUCCUAUCUUUGCAGCAACAAUGGCCACAUCUGGUAAGGUCAUCAAGUGCAAGGCAGCAGUGGCGUGGGAGCCCAACAAGCCUUUGGUGAUUGAGGAGAUUGAGGUAGCGCCGCCCCAGGCCAACGAGGUCCGCAUCAAGAUUGUGGCAACUGCGGUGUGCCAUACGGACCUGCACCACCUUCUGGAGAGUAUGUCUAAAGAUGGCUUCCCUGUAGUCCUCGGACAUGAGGCAGCCGGCAUCGUAGAGAGCGUUGGUUCUGGAGUCACUGAAUUUCAGCCAGGAGACAAGGUUAUCCCUCUAUUCAUCUCCCAGUGUAGAGAAUGUCGCUUCUGCAAGAGUCCAAAGACCAACCAGUGUGAAAAAGCAUGGGCUGCUACUGGUCAUGAUGUGAUGGCAUCAUCAAACUACAGAUUUACCUGUAAGGGGAAGAAGAUUCUGCAGUUUACGGGAACCAGUACCUUCUCUGAGUACACCGUGGUUAACCAGAUG